AUGUCCACCGCCAGGCCUAGAAUAAUUACCGCGAAGGCUCCUUUAUUGCCGCAACAAACUACUCCGGAGCAGCGCUACUGGCGUCAAUACACUUCAGCACAACUCGUGAAAGAACAUAAUAGUGUCACUCACAUAUCGUUUAAUCCUCAACAUCCUCAUGAUUUUGCAGUGACCUCCUCGACUAGAGUUCAAAUAUUUUCUUCAAGAACAAGACAAGUGAUAAAGACCUUCUCAAGAUUUAAAGAUGUUGUGUAUUCUGCUUCCUUUAGGAGCGAUGGUAAGUUGUUAUGUGCUGGUGAUGCUACCGGCUUAGUGUCCGUAUAUGAUAGUUAUAAUCCAAGGACUAUUCUUUUAUCCAUGAAUGCAUCCACACAUCCUACUCAUGUUACAAAGUUUCAUACACAAGAUAGUAAAAUUUUAGCUACAGCAAGUGAUGAUAGAGUGACAAGACUUUGGGACAUAUCCAACGCGUAUGAACCGCAGUUAGAGCUUACUGGAGCUACUGAUUACGUCCGUACAUUAUCUUUCAUUCCAGCAGCCCCACAUUUAAUUGCAACAGGUUCGUAUGAUGGUUUGGUUAGAUUAUACGAUACAAGAUCGAGUGGAUCCACUCCAAUAUAUUCUCUAAAUCAUGACCAACCUAUUGAGAAUGUUAUCGCAGUAUCUCCAACUCAAAUUGUUUCUUGUGGUGGCAGUAACUUUAAAGUAUGGGACUUAACUAGUAAUAAAAAAUUAUACGAACGUGGUAAUUUUAACAAGGCUGUCACAUGUUUAGACUAUAUUGAGAAUUUUGGUUCACCAAUGCAAUCAGCAUUAAUUGCUUCUUCAUUAGAUGGGCACGUCAAAGUCUUUGAUCCCUUAGACAAUUUUCAAGUAAAGUUUGGUUGGAAAUUUUCAGGUCCUGUAUUAAGUUGCGCUGUGUCUCCUAGUACUGCACAAGGGAACAGGCACUUAGUAGCUGGGUUGUCUUCUGGUCUACUAGCCAUUAGAACUAAAAAAAAGGAAAAACGUGCAUCCAAUACAGAUAACGAACCUGUAGUCUCGAAUAUAAAUGCGAAGAGCAAUAACUUCCAGAGAAUGAUGCGUGGUUCAGAAUAUCAGGGCGAUCAAGAGCAUAUUAUUCAUAACGAUAAGGUAAGAUCCCAACGUCGUAUGCGUGCAUUCGAAAGGAACUUAAAUCAGUUUAAGUGGAGUGAAGCACUAGAUAAUGCUUUUGUACCGGGAAUGGCUAAGGAGUUGACACUCACUGUUCUUCAAGAGUUACGUAAACGCGGGAAAAUCCGUGUGGCUUUAUACGGUAGAGACGAAUCUUCAUUAGAACCUUUACUAAAUUGGUGCUUAAAGGGUAUUGAAGAUGUAAGGUCUGCAUCUAUUGUGGCAGAUUGGGUCGCGGUGGUUCUAGAAUUAUAUGGAAAUACAUUAGAAAGCUCCCCAGUUCUUCAAGAAUUGAUAAUAGAUUUGAAAACUAAAGUCAGACACGAAAUUCAUAAGUCCAAGGAAGCUCAAAGAAUUGAAGGUAUGCUUCAACUUUUGACGAGUUGA